UCAAAAUAAAAAAAAUAUAAAAGGGUUUUCGAAUCCUGCUAAAACAUCUAUAAUUCACUAGAAAACAACGAAGGAAUGUGCUGUUGUGAGUGUUUAUCAGACAUCUGUUUGAUCAUAGUGUCGGUGUUGUUCCCUCCAUUACCGGUGUGGAUACGUAGAGGAAUCUGUUCGUGUGAUUCUUUGAUCAAUUUGCUUUUAUGUUUUCUCGGGUAUUUCCCUGGAUUAAUUCAUUCGUGGUACAUCAUUGCCAAAUACCCUCCAUAUCUUUCAAAUGAUCGUAUAAUAUACAUAAGAGGCUCUGACUUGGAAAACCAGGUCCACCACCACCACCACCAUCACAAUAGUAACCGUGGAGAUGGGUUUUAUCCCGACCUAAUCAAUCAACCUCCUCAACCUCCCCAGUCUCCUCAACCUCCUAGGGCUAACUACGGCUCAAUAAACGAUGGUCUACCACCGGCAUACGCAGAGAUUGAUGAGGGCAACCGUAAGUCUGUCUAGAUAUGCUACGGCUUUUUCUUAUUGCAUUCGUUAGAUUUUUCUUUAUGUUACUGUUUAGUAACGAUUCGGUUUUUUUUUUUUUCUUUU